UUACUUGCUAUCAGAGUAACCAUGGCAACCAGGAGCGCACUGAAGUUGGGAACGCCCACCAGCGCACACCGUAACGCGCAGUCGGUGCGAAGCGGCGGCGCUGGGAUGGAAAGCCCAUUGCAGCCGCAGCGUCGCUUCCUCCUACAGCAGCGCCUCCAGCCGCAGCACUGCGCACCGCGAGAGGAGGAGGAGGAGGAGGAAGAGGAGGAGGAGGAGGAGCGCUCCGGCGGGCGGCGCGACCCCCGCACCUGCACCUGCCACGCGCGCAAGAGCCUCGUUUGUCACGGGACGUCGUCUCAAACCCAACUCGGCACUUCAGUAAGGACGCCGUCCGUCUCGUCUUCCCCGAGGCAAGGGUGCCGGUACAGCGCGUGUGAGCUCACGCCUUCUAGUCAUGGUAGUUCAUCCAGGCAACAUCACCACCGCCACCACCAUCACCACCACCACCACCAUCAUCCGCAGCAGCCGGGAAGCCCGGUCGGCGAGCCCCGCCGCGAAAUAGCCGCCGUCGUGAUGAGCGGCUGCAGAUACAACGGCGGCGUGAUGCGGCCGCUGAGCCGCGCCGGCUCGUCGCGCCGCAACCUGCACGAGUUCGACUCGGAGUCGCAGCCGCUGCAGCCCGUGUGCGCCGUGGACGCGAGGACGGAGAACCGCACCAGCGCGCCGGUGCCGUACUCCACGGUGGACGGCGGUGGAGGCGGCGGAGGAGGAGGAGGAGGAGGCGGUGGAGGUGGAGGAGGAGGUGGAGGAGGCGGCAAGCAAGGCAAGAAGAAGAACCAGAACAUCGGCCAGAAGCUCGGCCACCGGAGGGCCCUGUUUGAGAAGCGGAAGCGCCUCAGCGACUACGCGCUCAUCUUCGGCAUGUUCGGCAUCGUGGUCAUGGUCAUAGAGACGGAGCUUUCCUGGGGAGCGUACGGCAAGGAGUCGUUGUAUUCAUUAGCUCUAAAAUGCCUGAUAAGCCUUUCUACAAUCAUCCUCCUCGGCUUGAUUAUCAUAUAUCACGCCCGGGAGAUUCAGCUGUUUAUGGUAGACAACGCAGCGGACGACUGGAGGAUAGCCAUGACGUACGAGCGCAUCUUCUUCAUCUGCCUGGAAAUCCUGGUUUGCGCCAUCCACCCCAUCCCAGGCAAAUACACCUUCACGUGGACAGCACGCCUGGCCUUCUACUACACGCCGUCCAAGACGGACGCCGACGUGGACAUUAUCCUGUCCAUCCCCAUGUUCCUGCGCCUCUACCUGAUCGCCCGCGUCAUGCUGCUGCACAGCAAGCUCUUCACGGACGCGUCAUCACGCAGCAUCGGCGCCCUCAACAAGAUCAACUUCAACACACGCUUCGUCAUGAAGACCCUAAUGACCAUCUGCCCUGGCACCGUGCUGCUCGUCUUCACCAUUUCCCUGUGGAUCAUCGCCGCCUGGACUGUCAGGGCGUGCGAAAGGUACCACGAUAACCAGGAUGUAACCAGCAACUUCCUAGGAGCCAUGUGGUUGAUCUCAAUCACUUUUCUAACCAUCGGAUACGGGGACAUGGUCCCUAACACGUACUGUGGCAAAGGGGUCUGUCUUCUCACCGGGAUUAUGGGUGCUGGUUGCACUGCUUUGGUGGUGGCCGUGGUCGCAAAAAAACUGGAAUUAACCAAAGCCGAAAAACAUGUACAUAACUUUAUGAUGGAUACGCAGCUGACAAAAAGAGUGAAGAACACUGCUGCAAACGUUCUCAGGGAGACCUGGCUCAUCUACAAGAACACCAAGCUGGUGAGGAAGAUGGACCACGCCAGAGUCAGGAAGCACCAGAGGAAAUUCCUCCAAGCCAUUCACCAAGCGCGAAAAUUAAGAAGUGUUAAAAUGGAGCAACGGAAGCUGAAUGACCAAGCAAACUCUCUAGUGGACCUCGCAAAGACUCAGAACAUCAUGUAUGACCUGAUCUCUGACCUGAACGAACGCGGCGAGGACACGGAGAAGCGCAUUGCUGUGCUUGAGACCAAGCUGGAGACGUUGCUGAGUAACCUGCAGGCUCUUCCGGGCCUCAUCAGCCAGCUGAUCAGCCAGCAGCAGCGUGACUUCCUGGAGGUGCAGCUGCAGCCAUACGAACGCUCACAGUCUGUAUCUCGACGGCGCUCUUCCUCCACGGCACCCCCUACAUCAUCAGAGAGCAGCUAGAGCCCCUCGGAGCGCAGAGACCCUUCGCCAUCAUAUGGCUGACAUGCAUCUUACUGUAAAGCCUUACGGUGUCUCAAUAACGCGUCAUCCGCCUCCUGAUGACCGGGUGACGCAGCUGAAUGGCGUACAGCUUUUAAUUUGUACCUCAAAGUUCUCUUUUCUCUGCUGGCAGGUUCUCAGAGAAAUCUUUCCUCAGUAUAAAAGGCGGGGCUAUCCUGAAAACCCCUCCUCACACACUCAUCAGGAGAGCAGUGUCACACAACCUCCAUGGCACAAAAUAAUACUGUGCCAGAAUAGUGCUUCCCAAUGGACGUCCUGCUCUUCCUGUCUGUACGAGACUGUAUGAGACUGAGUAAUUCCUCAAACCAGCAGGUGUUAGAGUUUUUUUUUUUUUUUCAUCCAGCAGUCGAUAGGGCACUGACCCCGCUGACCCCUGACCCCCAACCCCAUCCGGAGCUAACAUAUAGAUUUACACACUGGAGGAGAAAUAUAUAUUUUAGAUUAGAAACAGCAUCAGAUAUUAUGGUCUUCUUCCGAAGGCGGCCCUUCCAAGCUAUUCCCUCCAGGGGCCAAACAAUAUCACAAAACAAUUUAUUUUUAUUUUAAAUUUCCAAACGAAUGCGUCUAAAGCUAUACUUGCACUUCUUAUGCACUUCAAUGCUGACUGACUAUUAUAUCAAUUUAUGUUGCUCUUUAGAACAAAAGUAAAAACACAUUUAGUCGUUAGAUUAUGGCCAGAAUGUACGACUGUGUAGUCUAAAAGCAGGAUACGAUAGCAACUAAACGCCCCUCCUUAUAUUUAAACGGGACCUCAACCUGAAACUGUGCUUAUUUCCUAGAUGUUAGACCGCUGCUAUUACUGCUGCAUCAUUCUCAAACUCUCAAGAUGUUCUUAAAGGGAUAAUUUGGUGACAAAUCUAAUUUAUUCUACUUCCUUCUUAAUUGGUGUCUGAUAUUUACUUCUUUUAGUUUUGCGCUGUAGCUCAUGCAUAAUACCAGGAAGUCUAUCUCAUGCUGUAACGUUAUGGAGGCGGGCAUCUUGCGCAACCAGAAUUUCCUUUUCUUCAGCGCAGUCUGGUAUCUUUCCGCCCCAUAGACCCAAAGUUUGAUCGUGCGUUUCUACAGGAACGCUGGAUGUUAUACAAACGAUUAUAUAGUUCUGCUUUAAGAGCUUAAGUCUGAGAAUAUGGAACAUCUCUGGAAUGGAACUAAAUCGUUUAGGAGGCUGGUUGACAUGGUGGUGCAGCGGGUAGCGUUGCCACCUCACAGUUUCAAGGAACUCGGGUUACGGUCUGUGUGUAGUCUGUAUGUUCUUCAUGUAUCUGCUUGGUUCUCCUCCGGGUUCUCCGGUUUACUCCCAUCAACAAACAAGACGGUGACUCAAAUUGGGCACAGUGUUCCUGGGAUGGGAUCUACCGCAACCCUGACCAGCAUAAAGCGCUUACUCAAGACGAAUGAAUGAAUUUAGUAGAAUAAUAUAUAUACACACAUACAGUACUGUGCAAAAGUCUUAGGCACCCUAUUUUUUUUUUUUAUUACAAACUUUGUUAUAGAUUUUUCUUUUCUUUUCUCUACAUUAUUGAUUCAGUACGAAAACAUUUUAGAUUCCAAACAUUAGUUUUCCAGCACAAAAUUAAAUGUUACAGAAAAAUGUUUGUAUGUCAGUAAAGAAAGCAGCAGAUUCCAUAAGAGACACUUUUCAGACAAAAAAACAUAAUGAAGGCUGCUGGGUUUCGCUGCAGAAAUAAGAAGCGAGUCGACAGUCAAAGUCUCCAGAAGAACUGUGGCUGCUUCUGCAAGAUGCUCAGUAACACUUACAGCUCAUUUCCUUAUAAAACUGCACACACUGCACCUGAGAUACUAUUUUGUUUUAAAAAAGCGAAGGAUCGUGACACCAAAUAUUGACUUUGUUUCAUUUAUUACUGUUUACUGCUCUUUAUAGUAUUUUUUAAUGUAGAAACAUUUAAUUUCAUUAUUUUUGAAGGCAUCUUUGCUCUACAGCAUUUCUUUGCAUGUGCCUAAGACUUUUGCACAGUACUGUGUGUGUGUGUGUGUGUGUAUAUAUAUAUAUAUAUAUAUAUAUAUAUAUACACACACACACACACAUAACACACAUAAAACGACAAAGCAACAUAUGCAAAUUAAGUUCAAACGAUUGUCAUAAAUGAUUCGUCUGACCAAUCCUGUGACACGUGUGGUCCGGCUUUUCUUCCAUUCCCCAUUCAUAACUUUAGUUCCUACCUGCAGUUAGUUCCCUCUUUACGUUUUGACACAUAAAAUGGAAGAAAAACUUGGUUACAACUUAUGCUGUCAUACCAUAUCCCUCAUUAAAAGUGUAUAGGGACGUUACAAAGAAAGAUAAAGCUUAGAAGGAAGUAACAGAGAUUGUCUGGUGAGUGUAUAGUUAAUACAGUUAGCUUGCUUUGCUAAUCCGCCACUGCGGCUAGUACAAAGCCUAGCAUGUAACAUGUAAAUCAAACAACUUUUAGAAUUUAGAAGCUGGAGAAGCUAAUACGUAUGAGAAGCUAAUGCGAUUUCUCAUUAUAAUUGUUUAAAAAAAACAAAAAAUGCUGGACUGUGCACGCUCACAAGAGACAAUCUAAACCCUUGUUAGCUUGAAUGUAAGGUUACUUGUUAGCUACGUUAGCCUCCUAGCUCCAGUGCAAAACUGAAAAAGCAACCAUCGGACACCAAACAUCUUGAAUGAUUGGCUAAUUUUGGUGUGAAAAAAUGUUGCCAGAUUUCUUGCCAAACUAUUCCUUUAAUAGCAAAGUGCAUCUCUCUCUGUCUCUCUCUCUCUCUCUGUCUCUCUCUCUCUAUCCAGCCGAGAACAAGGUGUCAGCUCAGUGUUCUGUUCGUCUCCAAAAUCUCAAUGAAACCCACAUUCACCGGAAGCUAUUUCUGGAUGUAUCACAUCUGUCUAAGAGCAGCAAAUAACUUUGUUCGGAAAUGCCUAUUUUUAUACUCGUGAGGACAAGCACACCUAAAAAUCCGUCUCUGGCGUAAACACAACACGAAAAACUCAAACUGUGGCCGAGAGUGUGGCUGGCGAUCGGAACCAAAGCUGUGAAAACUAGCGAGAGCUCGAAUGACCCUCGACAGCUUCCUGUAGGGAUCCUGGAAGACCAUCCGGGCUUCCGUCCCAGCGUAGCAGUAUAACAAAAUCACACUACUGUGACUUUCAGUGGGAGAGAAACGUCUCAUGAGUGUUACACAGAGAUUCACAUGUCACAUGACUGUCGCAUGCAGCCGUGGCUCACGGGACAGAGGAACAGCUUUCCACACGGCUUAGGUCUAGUCUUAGACUGCAAAAUGGAGAGCAUCUCACGCUUAGUGUCAGGAUUUGUACUUCUGCCAAAGAUAGCAAUGAUUCAUCAAUCAAGAAAAUAAAUGUUGUCACACAGCAAAAAACUUAAAUCUGGAGGAAAUCAGUGCAAUACUGUUAUCAAACUGUGCAAACGAACAUGAGAUUGGAUUUACCACGUCUUUUUUGUAUUUUUUUAGUUGAGUGCAAAAGUUUGCAUCCCCCAUGCACCUCUAUUUUACUAUUUCGUGACCUCAGUAUUACUCUUCACCCAGCUUAUAAUGCUAAGCUCAUGAUUUAUCUGCAAAUAAUAGUUAAAAAUAGGGAUUAACAAUGAAAAGUAGGUGCAUCCUGUUUGAACCAGUACAACACACCAAAAAAUAGUUUCAGAAGAAAGAAGUCAAAGUUUUGCCUCUUGGUCUCCAAACCUGAUUUGAAGAAGUCAGUAUAUUACAUGUGCAAGAGUUACAACACAUAGAUGUUUGUGAUGUUCGAAUAUUAGAACUGAACUGAUUCAAAAGCUGCUCAGAGUGGUUGUUAAUCGACAAACUGUGGUCUGGAUACAUACAUAGCAAAAUAAUGCAGUGGACUAAACGGAGUACUUGGGAAAAAUAUUGUAGCAGCUCUGAUAAAUGUGUGAAAAAAAAACCCUGUCCAUAGUUCUGCGACUGUAGUUUUCUAUCUGUAGCAGAUUCUCUGUUUCUCAGAUCAUGUGCAUUUAUGGAAAUGAUUUAGCUGAAAGCAGCUCAUCAGACCAGAGACUAAUUACAGGGCUAGAGACAUUCGCAAAGAAAGGGAAGAUAUUUCACAGGUUUUUUAAACAUCUGCUUUUCACAGAUAUUUAUUUUUUCCCCCUCUCUGGUCUGAUUAGCGGACUAACAACAUGGCUUGUUUAACAGUUGACAACAAAAACAGAACUUUAAAGACAAAAGAAGUAGCUUUAAGUUCAAAACCAGUGUAUCUCAUCUGUCUAGAGUCCAUGGCACCAGUCAAAGUUUUAAUGUGAAGCGACACUAAUAAAAACAAAAUCUAAACACUUCGAAUAGUCUUAUUUAUAGCCAUAAACCACUCAGUAAUGAAUUAAAAGGUAAGUGUUAUCAUCAUCCAGUCACGUUAGUUGUUUAUGCUGAUCUUUGUAUGCACCUUUGUAAGAUUUUUAUGUAACUUUAAUGUAAAAGUUUAGUGGAAUACCCCUGCUAAAGCGACUGGAGGCAUUAGAGAAGGAAUAACACACUCCAGACCAUGUGGUUAUGUGCAAAGUAUCCACACUGUUUAUUAUUAUUAUUAUUAUUAUUAUUAUUAUUAUUAUUAUUAUUAUUAUUAUUAUUAGUGUAUUAUUUUCAUAUAAUCACAUGAUCUGUUGUGUGUUAUUCUGCUUCUAACACAGCGAUUUGCCAACGAUUACAAUGUUUACUUUAUUACCACACAUUUGAAUGGUUUAUAGUUAGAUUUAAUGUUGUGGAACAUCCACGAGACAAGUUACUUCCUGUUAUCGCUUACGUUAUAGCAAGAGUCUUUCCAUAAAUGGUAAAAAAAUGUCUUCUAAUUAAAAAAAAACUUUACAACAAUAAUUAUGUUUUCUUUAUAAAACAACAGCACAUUAUUUUUAAUCCGUUGAUUAUUAGUCUUAGAUUAAGUUGAGCACCCACGAAACAUGUCCCAGUAACGUAUUAGAAUGAGUGUAUUCAUAUAAACCUAUCAGACCGGAGAACUGAACUGUGCCGUGGUGUAAAGAAUCUUAAUGUCUGGUUUUUUUUAAUGUUCUCAUCAUGUCCAUGUGUGUCUUCAGAUACUGUGCCUCCAGACAGGAAUUAGAGAAUAUUUACAUCACAUUCAGAAAGGGGGAUGCAAACUUUUGAACUCAUAUGCUGUGUCUUUCACUAUUAAUAUUUUAAUUGAAACUAUUUGACCUUUUUUUCCAUUUGCACUCAGCUACAACAAUUUACAUCUCUUAAAUUAUCUUAUACAUCUCUUAUACAUCUCUGUAAUGUUUUUUUCCUCUGCUGUUAUCAGUCUGUCUCACAAUAAAGACUUUAUAUUAUCAUUUGUACAAAAUCAAACAGAUGAAAUGAUGCUAAAGUUGAGCUCAGAUGGCUUAAAGGUGCAAUUUGUCAUUUUUAAAAUUAAUUCUCAGCCUGUAAUAAUUAUAUACUUUCAAAAAAAAACUUAGAAAAUUUUAAUCACACUUUUACCAUGUAAUGAAUUUUUUAUUUGCUUUAUUUGUAUCAGGCUUUUAUUUUUCAUAUUUCUGGCCCAGAAAUGAAACUAGCUCCUCCACAUAUCUUAGCUUCUCAGCUUUGCUGCUUUUCUUUAAAGCUCGUUUCUACUCCAGCGUAUUUGUGUGACAAUGCAGAGAGGGGGUUUAUGGGUAAUCAUAAAGAGGGGGUUUAUGGGUAAUCAUAGCACACAGGGGCACAGUGACAAACCGACAUGCACAACAAAAUCCUAACAGCGUAUGUAACAGCGAAUCUAACAGCGAAUCUAACAGCGUAUCUAUGGUGCUGUGCGUCACACAGACUUCAGGUAAACGCCACCUGGUCGAGGUGGGGAGGUGGGGAGGUGGGUGCGGUUGCGUAACGAGAAACGUCGUGACAAGAUAUUGUGUCGCUUCUUCUGAGGGUUUCAUCACGGGUUUUAGAGUAAUAUUGUCACAAAUGCAUCUCAAGUGCUUGUGUGUAAAUAAUAAAAUGGUUGCUUAUCACGUCUAGUAUACAAAGAAAGCAGAAACAGAAAUAUCGUCUCUCUUUUAAGUUUCAAGACUUCACUUUCUUUUGCUUUUUGUUUCCUGUAAAUUUUGCUUGGAUUCCUGCAACGCUGCCCCCAGUGCACACGCUGAUCACGUGUCCUAGCAGGACCUCCAGACAUAUUCGCAUCUACGCUAUUACAGACGCAUAGACAUAAACGAAUGCCUUAAAUUCAGCUCACGAGGCAUGUGUAGUGUCAUCAGAGGGGGAGGAGUCAGCAGGGGAGAUGAGUUUUGUAAUUGUAAUUCACCUCGCAGGCAGCAGACGGCGCUAAAGAUUACAAACUGCACCUUUAAGACAAAACUGAGCUUUUCAGCUAGAGAUUCACUUCAGAAAACCUUCAAAAUUUAGCAAAUUGGCCUAAAUCGUAAGUAGUGUAGGUCAGGCUUAACUAAUAAUCUGUAUCCAACUCCAUUUUGAGUCUAAGACUAGAUCUAAUCUGCACAAAGCAGCUGGGAUCUGAGAGCUCUGUGUAUUUCAGUUCUUUUAAAGAGACUCCUGUGUCUGAUUCCUGGUGGUCUGUUGCAAGUUGCUCGCAUGUUACGGACUGUGAUCAUUUUUUUGGAAACUCAUCUGAUGGCCUGAAGCUGGAUGGAUCAGCGCGCUACAGAGCGAGAACACGUCCGACGUACCAGAUCGGUGCUGGAUCCAGCAAUUUCACCAACACUUGAGUGAUAAUAAUGUAUGCAAAAUGAUUAUGAACAAUAAAAAGAAACUAUUUACCAAACAAACAGCACUGCUCGUGAAUUAUUAUGUAUAUCUUCUUAUGAAUCAAUAAUGUCAGACAC